AUGGCACAACUUGUUCCUCUCCCAGAAGUCGAGCGCCUCAGUGCAUCCGUGAUCAGGAUCCUAGGCGGAAAUCCAGGAAAGUUUACACUGCAAGGAACCAACACAUACCUGAUCGGCCGGGGACACCAACGAAUCCUCAUUGAUACGGGCGAGGGUAAACCCACGUGGGCCGCACGUCUUGAAUCCGUUCUGUCCGAAGAGAAAGCCACGGUGCACCAGGCUCUUCUCACACACUGGCACCACGAUCAUGUGAAUGGCUUAUCGGAUUUACUGAGAAUUUGUCCACAGGCUCAGGUGUUUAAGCACCAGCCCGAUGACGGACAGACUGAUAUCCAAGAUGGUCAGGUAUUCCGCGUGGAAGGGGCGACGCUGACGGCGACGCAUACACCCGGCCACACGGUAGAUCAUAUGGCAUUUGUAAUUGAGGAAGAAGAUGCAAUGUUCACAGGGGAUAUCUACCUGAACAGUCUUCACCGGAUGCGAGAUCGGGUUACAGGCCGCGGAUACCCGGGGCAUGGGGCUGUGCUUGAGAAAGCCAGUGCUCGCAUCAGCGAGUAUAUUCAGCACCGCCAGCAACGGGAAGACGAGGUACUCCGAGUGCUACGGUAUGGGCAGCUAGACAUCUCGGUGGAGGAUCCGUCGCCCGAGCGCAAGGCGUGGACACCGUUAGAGCUGGUGAAACAGAUUUACCGGGGCGUGCCCGAAAGCCUCCAUUUGCCCGCAUCACAUGGGGUGCUGCAGGUGUUGAUGAAAUUGGAGGAUGAGGGGCAGACGGUACAUGAUUCGGAGUCGGGGGAGUGGAGGCUAAGCGGGGAGAAGUCGGCAUUGUAG